AUGUUCAAACAGGUGUUUACCAAUACCGAAUUGAGGCAUUAUAGAACAGACCACUGGGAGUGGGGGGGGGCACCAGGAGGAGACUGGAGACAGGGUGUGAGUGGUGUGACGGUGCUGACACAGAAACCUCCUGUUGUGUCAGUGAGGAAAGGAGAGACAGCCACCAUGGACUGUAACCUGGGGACUGUUACUAACUAUGCUGCUUAUUCGUAUAAACAGAUUCCAGGAGGAGUUCCUCAGCAUGUGCUGAGGAUGUAUCAUGACUGGAGUUCUCCAAGCUAUGGCUCUGGGUUCUCUGCUCCAAAAUUCACAUCUACUCAUCAGUCAAGAUCAGAUUAUCGUUUGAUCAUUAAAAAUGUGGAGGAGGGAGACUCUGCAGUCUAUUACUGUAAGACAGGGGUGUCAAACUCAAUUGCACAGGGGGCCAAAACUCAAGUUCAUGUAUUUUCAGGUUCCAGCCUCCCUCCUCCUGUCCUGACAGUAUUCCCUCCGUCCAGUGCUGAGCUCCAGUCCAACACAGCUUCUCUGGUCUGUCUGUCCAGUCAGUCUGUGAAAUUUGCAGAUGUGAGCUGGUUGGCUGGUGGGAGUCCAGUGAGCAGUGAGAUCUCUACCAGCACUGCUGUUCAGAGACCAGACCAGACUUACCAAAUCAGCAGCUCUCUGACCAUCCAGACAUCAGACUGGAACAUGGAUAAGGUUUAUACAUGUAAAGUAUCUUUGGGCUCACAGACUUUACACAAAAUUAUCAAGAAGUCAGAAUGUCCCACUGAAUAG